CUCUCUUUCUCUGUUUAGGAACUUUCAGCUUUUGAAAGCCAUGGCUCCGUCUUUAAACCAAUCCAUUUUAUUUCGGGUAAUUUUGGUGGGUAGUGUCUUCUGGUUAUUGGCAAGUCCUUCCAUAGCUGAGCUUCCAAGGUUCAAACACCCUGUGAAAGCAGACCAACCUCUUAACUUUUUGGUAGUUGGUGAUUGGGGAAGAAAAGGAACCCACAAUCAAUCUUUGGUCGCCAAUCAGAUGGGAAUUGUGGGGGAGAAACUAAACAUAGAGUUUGUGAUCUCCACCGGUGACAAUUUUUACGAUGAUGGCCUAGAAGGAGUUGAUGAUCCAGCAUUCUACGAGUCAUUUGUCAACAUCUACACAGCUCCAAGCCUGCAAAAGAUAUGGUACAAUGUUUUGGGUAACCAUGACUACAGAGGGGAUGUUGAGGCACAACUAAGCCCCAUUCUAAGACAAAAGGAUAGCAGAUGGGUUUGCCUAAGAUCUUUUAUUCUCGAUGCAGAAAUUGUGGAGUUUUUCUUUGUGGAUACAACUCCAUUUGUAGAUAAGUAUUUUACGGAACCGGAGAGUGAAGAUCAUACCUAUGAUUGGGAAGGCGUGCUUCCUCGCCAAGCUUACCUUUCAGAACUCUUGAAGGAUGUUGAUUCAGCUUUGGCACAGUCCAAGGCAAAAUGGAAGAUAGUGGUGGGUCAUCAUACCAUCAAAAGUCCUGGGCAUCAUGGUAAUACCCAAGAGCUUGAGGAGCAGCUUGUUCCCAUCUUAAAGGCAAACAAAGUUACUGCAUACAUAAAUGGACAUGACCAUUGCGUGGAGCACAUAAUUGACACAGAGAGUGGAAUUCACUAUCUAACAAGUGGAGGUGGAUCAAAGGCUUGGAGGGGCGAUGUCAAGCCGUGGAACCCUGAAGAAUUGAAGUUGUAUUAUGAUGGGCAAGGAUUCAUGUCUGUGCAGAUCACCAAAACCAAUGUAGACAUCGUAUUCUAUGAUGUUUUUGGCAAGGCUUUGCAUACAUGGAGCAUAACCAAAGAGCUUAACUCAGUAGCCGAUAUAUAAUAAGCUAGAUGCAUGCAAACAUUCAGCUCCAUAUUAUGAACCUAGGGAUCACUCUGGCUGAAAACUUAGUGCACUUAAAAAAUGUACUAUUUGUAACAAAAAGCAAAAUUGAAGGCCAUUUGUAAAAGUCUUAAUGAGCCUGCAGUGCCUGUAAUAUUGUACCCACACUCAGACAUCUAGUAUGUAGUA